AUGGCACCACACUCUGCAACCUCCAUCCUCAUCCUCCUCAUCACCAUCUUCAUCUCAUCCUCUCCAACCUUCAUCACCAGAGCCAGAGCACAAGGCAGGGCGCCCCACGGCCUGGCCUACGAGGGCCCCGUCGCCUUCUCCCCAUCAGCAGUCGAGUUCUUCCACCCCAACAACAACAACAACCAGCAGCUCCCCGCCGUCACCAGCGGCCACCCGGAGGCCGCUCAGCUCGCCGCCGCGGCAAAGACCAGCACCACUAGUACUCCCGACGAACAGAGCAAAGUGGCCAGCUCGAGGUCCGGCCAGAGUGGCGGGAGGAGUGGGCUGGGUGCAGGGGCGAUUGCAGGGAUUGUGUUUGGAGUUGGGUUUUCUGUGUUCAUGGCCAUGGGUGCGUUCUAUGUGGUGAGGGCUCGUAGGGCGAACUUGAGCAAGGCCAGCAACUCUGUUCAGCCACAGGUUUAG